UACUCAUCACUCCUCGUCGUCGUUGAACACCCAAUCACAGUGGUGCGAUUGAAAUCGUCCAGUACCAAAUUAGGUCAGUCAAAUUUUCAAUCACCAGUCACGAGCUGCGAGCGCCUCUAAAUCUCCUGUUCACUGAUAAUUAGUGACGCUUCGGUUCCAAUGGAGGCUCUGCCUUCAAAUUACGUCACUCUGCUCCAGCUGAAGGAGCGAUACCUGAAAGAGAAGGAGGAGCAAGAGCAGAGGAAGAGGGAGGAGGAGGAGCGAGAACGAGAACGAGCGGAGAAGGAGAAGGAGAAGGAAGAGGAGCUCCCGCUGCAGCAGCUCAAAGAAGAGGAGGCGAAAUUGCCUUCAAAUUACGUCACUCUGCUCCAGCUGAAGGAGCGAUACCUGAAGGAGAAGGAAGAGCGAGAGCAGAAGGAGGAGCAGGAGCGAGUGCAGAAGGAGGAGCAGGAGAAGGAAGAGGAGCUACGGCUGCAGAAGUUCAAAGAAGAAGAGGCGAAAUUGCGGAAGCCGGCUGGCGUCGUUGUGGCGAAGAGUAGGGGGAGGAUUAGUCGGCCGGUGGUUGACCGGAAAGAGUAUCGGCUGGUGGUUGAACUGAAAGAGGUUGGGGCGGUGGCUGACCGGAGUGUUUCGGAGUGCGAGGGCGGGGAGGGAGAGGGGAAGAGCGAGGUGGUGGAGGAGGAGAAGAGAUGGAAGAAGAAGGAGAAGAAGAAGAAGAAGAAGGAGAAGGAGAAGGAGAAGGAAGGUGAAGAGAGUAGCGAGAAGGCAAGUAAUGGUUUGAGACGAAAUGGAGGAGGGAAGAGGAGAGGUGGCGGUGAAUUUAGGGUUAAGAGCAAAAAUAGCAGCACUGUGGGUGCGAACGAUGAGAUUGAGCCGAAAGUUAGGGAUUUAGAGAGGAAUGGUGAGAUGGAGAGAAGGAAUGAUAGGCAGAGGAGGCCGUAUAGGAGGAAUGUGGGAGACAAGGAAGAGAUUGAGCCCAGAGGCAGGGAGUUUGAGACGCAUGGUGAGACUGAAAGAGGGAGUGAUAGGCGGAGUAGGCCAAAUCACAGGAGUGGGGGUUCUAGAGAGGAGAUUGAGCCAAAAGUAAGGGACAAAAGAGUGAGGAAUGGUGAGACUGAAGGAGGGAGUGAUAGGCUGAUGGGGCACAAGAGUGAGGAGAGUGAGCCAAAAGUUAAGGAUGCGUCGGAGAAUGGUGAGACUGAAAGAGGUGAUAGACUGAGGACGGCUAAUAGCAAAGAGGAGAGUGAACCAAAAGCUACGGAAUUGCCAAUGACUGGUGAGAGUGAAGGAGGGAAAGGUAGAUUGUGCAGGCCGAAGGGCAAUAAUGUGGAUGGGAAGGAUGAGAGUGGGAAGAAAGUUAUGGACUCAUCGGUGAAGGCAGAUAGUAAAAGAGGACAUAAAAUGUUGAGGAGGCCAAGUAGGUUUGAUUACCGUGGUAAUGGAAAAGGUUGGGGUUACAAGAAUGAGAAACCGAGACAGUCAGCUGGCCUGGCUUGGGUUAAGAAGGGAGAGGUUUCUGAUGGCAAUGUUGCUGGAGUUCACAGCUUGGAGCAUUCUAUUUCUGGUUCAACUAGAGAGUCUCUGAAUGCAUAAUCGGCUGGCUCAAGGAGAGUGAUUCAAUAGAGGGAAGUGAAACGAUUGCCGACUGAUAUUGUUGUGGUAAUGCAGUGUUUAUAGUUGAGUACUUGUAAAUCCAGCGAAAAGAAUUUCUGCUUUAUGCUGGAUGUAAUCACUAUUCCGGUACUUCUCAAAAAACAAAAAAAUCUCUAUUCAGGUACUUUUACUUGAUGUAGUGAAGAUGGACAUGUACAAACGAUGUUGAUGCUCUAAUAUAGGCAACUCAAUUCACAUGGAGUGAUAU